AUGAGUCAAUUAAAAGUAUAUUUAGUAUCAGGCAAGUGUAAUAAAAAAAAAUCUGAAGAAUUUUUGAAAAUUUUAAAUGGGAAAAUAGAUAUUGAGGUGGUUGACAUUGACUGUUCUCCAGAAGAAAUUACCAUACAUAAAUGCAAAUCAGCCUAUGAGAGAAUUAAAAAGCCAGUUUUUGUAGAAGACACUUCUCUUUGUUUUAAUGCCUAUAAUGGCCUUCCUGGACCAUAUGUAAAAUGGUUUCUUAAAUCCGUUGGAGCACAAGGAUUAUACAAUAUGCUUGAAGCAUACCAAAAUAAAUCAGCAUAUGCAGUAACUCUAAUUGGAUAUUAUGAUGAGACAAAAAUGUCUGAGCCAAUCAUCUUUGAAGGAAAGAUUGAUGGUGAAAUAGUUAAACCAAGAGGUGAAAAAGGGUUCAGUUGGGAUCCUAUUUUCAAACCCAAUGGGUAUACUUCAACUUUUUCUGAAAUGGAUAUUGCUGUUAAGAACCAAAUUUCACAUCGAUACCAGUGUUUAAUGAAAGUUUUGGUAAGUUAUAAUUUAUUUGAACAAAUUCAAAUAGAUCUUUAA